AUGCUCAUUGUUCCCUUUGGUAAAUCCUCCUUGAAGGUCCUCUUGCUGCAUGGGAAUCUCGAUAUAUGGGUCUCUCGUGCAAAUAAUCUACCAAACAUGGAUUUGUUCCAUAAGACAUUGGGUGUUGUCUUUAGAAGCAUGGCCAACAUGAUUGAAGGCCAGUUGAGCAAGAAGAUCACAAGUGAUCCUUAUGUUUCCAUAUCCCUCGCUGGUGCUGUGGUAGGACGAACAUAUGUCAUUAGCAACAGCGAAAAUCCUGUCUGGCAGCAGCAUUUUUAUGUCCCUAUUGCUCAUCACGCUGCUGAGGUCCAUUUUGUUGUUAAGGACAGUGACGUUGUGGGGUCUCAGCUUAUAGGAAUCGUUACAAUCCCAGUUGAACAAAUAUACUCAGGUGCAAGAAUUGAAGGGACUUACUCUAUUCGGGACAGCAAUGGAAAGCCUAGUAAACCAGGGGCAACUCUAUCAUUAUCGAUUCAAUAUACUUCAAUGGAUAACCUCAGUUUUUAUCACAGCGGAGUUGGUGCAGGUCCUUAUUACCAGGGGGUACCUGGAACUUAUUUUCCUCUUAGGGAAGGUGGUAGUGUGACUUUGUACCAAGAUGCACAUGUACCUGAUGGGAUUCUACCGAGAAUAAAACUCGGCAAUGGAAUGUAUUACGAACAUGGCAAGUGUUGGCAUGAUAUGUUUCAUGCCAUUUGUCAAGCUAGACGUUUGAUUUAUAUUACAGGCUGGUCAGUGUGGCAUAAUGUCAGGCUUCUUCGAGAUAAAGAAGAUCCUGCUUCAGAAUGUACACUGCGUGAGCUCCUAAGAUCAAAGUCCCGAGAAGGUGUGAGAGUCCUGCUUUUGGUUUGGGACGACCCAACUUCACAAAACAUCUUGGGAUACAUGACAGAUGGGGUGAUGGGAACCCAUGACGAGGAGACACGCCGCUUUUUCAAGGACUCCUCAGUUCAAGUCUUGCUAUGCCCUCGAAAUGCUGGAAAGCGACAUAGUUGGGUCAAACAGAGGGAAGUUGGAACCAUCUAUACACACCACCAAAAAACCUUGAUAGUAGAUGCUGAUGCUGGAGGUAACAGAAGGAAAAUCGUAGCUUUUGGGGGCGGACUUGAUUUAUGUGAUGGCCGAUUUGAUACUCCACAACAUCCGUUGUUUAGGACGCUGAAAACAGAUCAUAAAGGUGACUAUCACAACCCCACUUUCACGGGUGAUGUGUCGGGUUGUCCAAGAGAACCUUGGCAUGACUUGCACUGUAAGAUUGAUGGCCCAGCUGCGUUUGAUGUGCUGACCAAUUUUGAGGAGAGGUGGCUGAAGGCUGCGAAGCCUCACAGAAUCAAUAAAUUGAAGACAUCGUAUGAUGAUGCAUUACUAAGGAUCGACAGGAUUCCAGAUAUAUUAGGAGUUUUUGAUGCUCCUACUGUUAGUGCAAACGACCCCGAGGCUUGGCAUGUUCAGAUUUUCCGCUCAAUCGAUUCAAACUCUGUGAAAGGUUUCCCAAAGGAUCCAAAAUAUGCUACAAGCAAGAAUUUGGUGUGCGGUAAGAAUGUGCUCAUUGACAUGAGCAUACACACUGCAUAUGUAAAGGCCAUUCGUGCAGCUCAACACUUCAUCUACAUCGAGAACCAGUAUUUCAUUGGAUCCUCCUACGACUGGAAUGCUCACAAGGACAUAGGUGCCAACAACCUGAUUCCUAUGGAAAUUGCGUUGAAGAUUGCUGAUAAGAUCAGAUCAAAGGAACGGUUUGCUGCAUAUAUUGUCAUUCCGAUGUGGCCAGAAGGAGUUCCAACCGGCGCCGCUACACAAAGAAUUCUAUAUUGGCAGCACAAGACGAUGCAAAUGAUGUAUGGAACCAUCUACAAUGCUUUAGUAGAGGCUGGCCUCGAAGAUGAAUUCUCCCCACAAGACUAUCUGAAUUUCUUCUGUCUUGGAAAUAGAGAAAUGGUGAACGGAAAUAACGAAUGGGGAACAGGAAGUUCAAGCAACGAGAACACUGCUCAGGCACAAUGUCGAAAGAGCAGAAGAUUUAUGAUAUAUGUUCAUUCAAAAGGGAUGGUUGUUGAUGAUGAGUAUGUGGUAAUUGGAUCUGCAAACAUAAACCAAAGAUCAAUGGAAGGGACAAGAGACACAGAGAUUGCUAUGGGAGCUUACCAGCCUCAACAUACAUGGGCACGACGACAGUCUGGUCCACGGGGUCAGGUAUUCGGAUAUAGAAUGUCGCUUUGGGCAGAGCACAUGGCAAUGUCAGAUGAUUGCUUUUUGGAGCUGGAGAAUCUAGUGUGUGUAAGCAAGGUGAGAACAAUGGCGGAGGAGAACUGGAAACAGUUUAGGAGUGAGGAAGUCUCGGAGAUGAGAGGACAUCUGAUGAAAUAUCCGGUGGAAGUUGAUCGGAAAGGCAAAGUCCGGCCACUUCCAGGGAGUGAGGAGUUCCCGGAUGUCGGAGGAAACAUUGUUGGAUCCUUUCUUGCCAUACAGGUGAAUCUCACAAUCUGA